AUAAGGAGAGGGACUUGUCGUCCUCUGCCUUGAACAUCAGCUUCUACCCCUCUUCAAGUAUCUUCAUACGGGCAAAGGCUAUCCUACUACCAGCUGGCAGCCAUGAGAAUCCUUUUCUUCCUCUUUGCUGUUCUCUUCUUCCUCUUCCAGGCUGCCCCAGCUUACAGCCAAGAAGCUGCUGAUACCUUAGCCUGCCGGCAAAACCGGGGCUCCUGCUCGUUCGUGCCGUGCUCUGCGCCUCUGGUUGACAUUGGGACCUGCCGUGGUGGGAAGCUGAAAUGCUGCAAAUGGACACCCAGUUCCUAAAACUGGCACCUCACUGAUCACACAGACCAGAACUCUGGACAUCUGAGACAUCUUCCAUUUUUGACAUCAACGGAUCACAGGCUCUAUGUAAGCCUGGGGAGCCUUUACCACAGGGGUGGAGACUCUGAGGAACACAAGAAGAUCUGAGGAGGAGUUCUUGUACCCCAACAAAGAGAUUUGCAGCUUCAGUUCUAAUAAAAGCAAAUCACUAUGAAACCACAUUGCUGACAUUUGCUUAUGUAUGUCAGGGUGGGUUUUGCUGUUCUUACUGUCUAUAAAAAUCAACCUGUAAAUGACAUUUAUUUAACUAAAUUAAGUUAAUUUAA